CCAAGAGAGUGGAGCUGGUGGCUAAACCUAGAACAGAGGGGAGAAAAACAAAACCACUCCCAGGCUAACACCCCUGCAGAUGAGUCAGCGGGGCUCCCUGGAGGAAGGGAAGCCAGCCUGGGCAGAGCAGGACAGGUCCAGCACCUUCCGGCCCCCAGGGAGUCUGCCCCCGCCCCAGCUGACCCUUGGCAGAAGGGCUCCUGAUGCUGGGAUGUAAACAGGGCUUGAAGUCUGGAUGUCCAGAUGUGGUGGUUGAACUCUCAGCAGAAAGGGGGCACUGAGGGCCAGGUGACUGCUGUCAGGAUAGUGGCCCCUUGGAUGUUGGCAGGCCAGAGGGGAGAGCACCCCGAGGACAGGAGCCAGUUGGGGAGGCUGUGAGGACUGACGGAGCUAUCCUAGGACGCCAGCCGGAACUGCAGCUCCGUUCUGCAGGAAAACUGUUGGCACUCCCCCAGCGCUGAGGGGGUUCCUUGUUUCCAAGCUGGGCUGCUUCCCUUGUUCCUGCGCAGGGAUUCAAACUUGCCUUGCUUGGGCCCCUCUGUCUCCAUCUCUGGACCCCAGAAAGCAGAAUUAAAUGCCCUGUGUUAACCUGAUUUAAUCGCUUCUACCUCAUUACGGGCCUGGUGGUACUUUCCUCAUUAUACUAAAGUUGGAAAAGGCUUAGUAACUUGCGCGUAGUCCUCAAACCAACUAGUGUCAGAACUUGACCUCAGAGCUGCCUGUCUUUGCUUCCACCCUAAGGGCAGAGCCCAGGGUCUCUGUGCCGAGAGGCAAGCAUUAAGGAUCAUUUGUGCACUUCAGUGCCCGCCCUUGAGCUCUGCCCCACUGCUCUGCAUCUUGGAAAACCAGUUUGUCACCUUCAGCCCUACUAACAUUUGGGGCCAGGUAACUUGUUGUGAGGGGGCUGUCCUGUACGGUGUAGGAUAGUUAGCACCCCUGCUUUCUACCCACUGGACUCCAGGCAUCACAACCAAGCCUCACUGCCGGAUGUGCCCUGGGGAACAGAACGACCCCCAGUGGAGAACCCCUGAUGCAAGGAGUCUUAAAGCAACAUGGAGGUGCUUCCUCCUGAAAGAGAACUUGAUAUACGUAAACUUCCUGAAGGCUUAGGCCAGCGUAGGGUUGUUUUGUGCACAACUUGCCAGGAAAAUGGGCUGUCCUCCGUAGGGAGGCACACCUGGGAUGGUCCCAGGAGAAAGCUGUUGUCAGGGACGGGAAGAAAGUUCAGGGAGUUGUAUUUGGGGAGGUGUAGGGGUGCAUCGAGGGUCUUCAUUUCUUCCCUAGAAUUGAUUGGAGAGACUUCGGGCAGGAUCACCGUGACCGAGGCUGGGAUGGACGAAGUGGGGGGUGGGGACACCUGCUGCAGUUGCUGUUCCUUCAUCCUGCCCCUGCCCCUGUCCCUGUCCUGGGAGCUGUUGGCCAUUGCGUCCCCUCCCGCCAGGAACAGUGGUGCGGGGCCCGGGGCCCUUCUCAAGCUGCUGUCCUCCCCGCCCUCCUGACUCUGGGCCUGUAGCUCCUGCCUGAGGCUUCUCUCCCCCUUCCCCUCCUGGAUUGCUAGCAUGCCUGUUCCUGGGCCUUUCCUGAUGUCUCCUCCUGGUGCUGCCCUGUGCCCACCCCACUCUGAUGGUCUGCACCUCCCCUGUCCGUGUGGGCGGCUCGCCCGUCCCUGCUCCUUCCCCGCAGCCAUCGGGCCCCCAGGAGGGCUGGCCAGGCUGCUCUGUUUUCAGCCAACACUGGAGGAACCUGUUCUGGCAGGUCGGCGGAGGAGGUUGGGAUGGGCAGGGGCGGACCAGGGGAUCUUGCUCUGGAGCCUCUGGUUCCCCUCCCCACACCAGGCCUCAGUGAUCGUGGUUUGCACCCCGGCCCCUUUGCGCACAGGGUCCCCACUGCCCAGGUGCUGGCAAGACCUUCCUCCCUUCCAGCAUUUCGAGAAUUGUGCCGGAUACGAGGAGAGAUGGGGAACAGCAGAAGCCAGUCGGGGCAGAAGUUUUGCUCACAGUUUCUUCCUGAGGAGCAGGUGGAGAUCGAUAGACUCUUUGAUGCUCUGUCGUCGGAAACGCACAGCUCCAGGACCUCGCCCCGAUCCUUCUCUCUGAAGGCGCUAAAGAGCCACGUUGGAGAAGCUCUUCCCCCAGAGAUGGUCACCAGACUCUAUGACGGCAUGCGGAGGGUUGACCUGACAGGGAAGGCCACGAAGCCCAGCGACAGCGUCUCCCAGGAACAGUUCACCGUGUCCAUGUACCACUUGCUGAAGGGAAACUCCGAGGAGAAGAGUCUUGUGAUCCUGAAAAUGAUUUCUGCCACAGAAUGUCCUGUGAAAGCAAGAGAAGUCCAGAAGUUUACAGAGGAUCUGGUUGGCUCUGUGGUUCACGUGCUCACCUACAGACAGGAGCUGAGAGGCUGGACCCAGAAGAGAGGCCCGGGGCCCCCCUCCAGGGUGCAGGUGCUGGCCACCCAGCUCUUCUCCGAGAUGGACCUUCGAGGUGGCGAGAAGCUUCCAGGGCCUCAGCAGCUGGACUGUGAGUGUGACCGAGCCACCAUCGAGGACUGGGUGUUCAGGACCCCCCACGUGGCCACGUUUCUGAGCGUGGUCAUCCACAGAGGCUUCCUCCUCCUGCGCUCCUCCCUCGACCUGGCCACCCUGGUCCCCGAGCGUCACGUUGACCCGGAGAGGGUGUUCGAGAGCAUCCUGGACGUCCUGUCGGUCAUCUACGUCAACUCCCACCUGCGCAGGGAGCAGCAGGGCCGUUGGCGCCUGCUCUUCUCGUCCGAGCUCCACGGGCACAGCUUCUCGCAGCUCUGCGGCCGCAUCACCCACCGGGGCCCCUGUGUACUGCUGGUGGAGGAUCGCGACGGCCAGGUGUUCGGCGGGUUUGCCUCCUGCUCCUGGGAGGUCAGGCCUCAGUUUCAAGGGGAUGACACAUGCUUCCUGUUCUCCAUCUCCCCUCGCAUGGCCGUGUACACCUCCACGGGUUACAACGACCACUACAUGUACCUGAAUCACGGGCAGCAGACCAUCCCAAACGGACUGGGCAUGGGAGGACAGCACAAUUACUUCGGGCUGUGGAUCGAUGUGGAUUUCGGGAAAGGACACAGCAAGGCCAAGCCCAAGUGCACCACAUACAACAGCCCUCAGCUGUCGGCCCGGGAGAACUUUGGCUUUGAGAAGAUGGAGGUGUGGGCAGUGGGAGACGCCUCAGGGUCGCAGCAGGCCAAGAGCAGCAAAAGCAUCCUGGAUGUGGACCCCGAGGCCCAGGCCCUGCUGGAAAUCAGUGGGCGGAGUCGCCACAGCGAAGGGCUCCGGGACGUCCCGGAGGAUGAAUGAGGAGGUGCCCCCGAGGUCGGGCCUUCCUAGAGCUGGAUGCUGGCCCCCUGGACAGAGCGCAGCCUGCGGAGCCCUCCCCAUCUCACUGUGUUCAACACAGGGCUGCACUGCGCAUGUCCAGGUGGUCCAGGGCAUGCUGAAUCAGAACACAGUAAAAUUCCUUUGAUGUUAUGUAUGGAUUGGUGGGUGCAUCUCGCAGAAAUCCCGAGUGUCCGUUAGCAACUUAAUCCUUAUAUGCUCUUUAUUUCUUGUCAAUGGAAUCCGAAGACACGGGCAGGACCUCUACCCGAGUUAGUGCCUGAUGGGCACGUGCAUUCCUGCCGUGCAGGGUGGGGCUCUGCCUGCUGGGGGUCACCUGGCCCCUGCUCAAGCCAUUGCAGUUAAAAACAUGCCUCGAUGUUGCAUUCCAGCUGAUAAAGGGCAGAGGCAUUGCGAUGUCUCAGUGCCUUUUGGGAGAAGCUUCCUACGACCUGAAAUUUCUGUAUUUAUAAAAAAGCAUAAACAGUGAGAGAGCAGGUGUCCCCGUGGGGGUAGGGUCCUCCAUAGGUGUUUGUAAUAAGGUUCCUCCCCCACCUUUCUCAGCUGCUUUUAAAUGAGUCUGUGCCACGGUCUACGGAGGUUCCAGGUGGUUCUCUUACUAACCUGAAUGUGGGGAAUUCGGAAGCUCUGAGACACCCCGUGGCAUGAAUUAGUGGUGCGUAACUUGACCGUACUGUCCUGGGUUCCUGACCCUGGCACCACCUCCUCAGUGUCUCCCUCCGGCCCAGUAGCCCCCAAAGGGGUGACGGGUCAUUUGACAGCAGGGACUCACUUGAAAUGGACUCGAGUGACCCCGGCAUGCUGACUGAUGACCUGGGUGGGUGUCUGAGGCCGGGCAGGAGAAUCUAAGCCUAGAUUCUAAGUGAGAAUCUAAGUCCCUCCUUCACGGACGGAGCCGUGGGCUCGGCUUGGAGACCUACACCUCCUUCUUGGGUCUUUUGCUGUAAACUUGGACCUUCUGCACAUCUGACGAGAAUGGGACCUUUUACUAUAGAACAUACCUGCUUAUAAGCCAUAGUGAGCCGAGCCGUUUGCAUUUUGCAGGUGCUGCAUUUUCUCCCAGGAGGCUCCCCCAACUUGGCACUUAGCAGUGCCCCUGACUGAGCAGAAGGCCUUGCAAAUGCGCUUUUAAAAAGAAAAGUGCGUGCCCAGACAGUAUGCAGAGGGGCAGCAGACUGAUGCGCACAGACGUAGUCAUGAUGGAUUUUCCUCCUAAAAAGCCAGUUUUUAAUAAGCUGCUUGGGGAACAUCGUGUGAUCUCCCCAACCGAUGGGAUAGCAGAUAGGGGAGGUGAGGCUCCUCAGAUCCUUACCAUAAAUCCAGAGCGUUAGGUCGGUCCUGCACCUUCCAUCUGUUCUGGAAUUUCUUUAAAACAACUGAAUACCUCACUAAUGUCAGGCCUGUUGGUAUUUGUACCUUAAGUCCCAUUGCGCUUCCUCUGCUCAGGGCUGUCAGAGAGGCUUGGAUUUUGUUUGUGGGCGCACUCGGCCUUGUGCCUCUUCUCAUCAGAGGGCAGGUGACAGGCGGGGACCCGUUUCCCAGGACGGCACGCUCAGACAGGGAAAGGCGGGUGCCCAGCCCAGGCGCUUGGCCACCUGGGGGGUGCAGCCCUGCCAGUGGGCUUCUCUCGCUGUGAGGUUCUCCACACACAAACCUGUCGAGGGUGUGGCCACGGCGAAGGCCACCAUACCUGGCCACCCUCCCUCCGCCCAGGCCUGGGAAACACGCGGUGCUGGUUUUAACAGUGAAGAGGUGGUGGUUCUUUGCAACAGAAAUAAGAAUUCAGGGCUAGUGGUUUUUCUGUGAAUGAAGACCAGUCAGGGCCCCGGAAGGUGCCGGAAGGAAGAGGUGAAGGGAUGGGGUCCAUGAUGCAAACAGGGCUACCGUUACUCCCCCCACCCCCCCAUGCUGUCUUUAUUAAAACAAUGGCCAUAGGUGGACAUGGUAAAAAAGGUUGAACUAUGAAGGAUGUAACUUGAAAGGUGAAUCUUCCUGCAGCCGUUUUCCUUCCCAAAAGGCAGAGCCACUCAGGAGAAAACCGCUUAGGUCUCCGGCCGGGGGGACCCAUUGCACGCCCAGCAGAGUUGUGCGUGCCAAGCUGGUGCGUGCCCCGCUUGUUCUCGGUGGAGGUAGCUUCAGAGCGACCCAUCUGUCUCCCUCUCUGACGUCGCGGACCGUGCCGUGCCCCGGGAUGCGGACGCCCCGUCGUUGCUGGUGCCCAGGCCCCGCGGCCGGGGACCGUGUGUCUGCGGCUGGUCGCUGCCGGGGCCCCGCUCCCGCAUGUGUGUCUCGGUGUGCGUUUUGUCCGGAAGAAUGAACUCGCAGAAGCUGAAUUGUUGGAUCAAAAGGUGCUUCUUAAUUUAGAUGCUGACAAAUGAGCAAACCUCUUGAGUUCGGCUGAUGCUCCUGACGUCCCUCCGUGCCCGCGGGCCGUGUAUAUACUGACACUCCGAUACAGCUUAGUUUUUGGGGACCUGGUGUCUUCUCUGAGUGACAGUGAAGGGCUUCAGUUUUCAAACGCCGUCUGUGUCCUACGCUUCACCUGGUUUUCUGGGACGUGGGUUUUCUUCUUGCUGAUUUGCAGGAGUGCUUUUUCGAAUGAAGCAAUUGUUUGCUAAGUAUUUUUUCCAGUUUGUUUGGCUUUAUGUUCCUAUGUGUAAAUUAUGCAUUUUGUCCUUUUUUUUACCAGCAUAUCCUCUUAAGGCUUCUGAGAUUUGUAGUUUGUUUAGAAAGUUUUUUUUCCCC